GCUUCCUCCCUAACCCACAACCUGCUGUUAAUUCAGCUUCAGUUUUGACAUAUCUAUAGAAGACUUUCCACCAUCAACAUUUGUUGAGCUGCUUCGUUGCUCAAGAGGCUUCCUUAACUCCACGGUGCUGCUAGGCCGGAGACAUGCAAGCUAUCAAAUGUGUGGUAGUAGGAGAUGGAGCUGUAGGUAAAACUUGUCUCCUGAUCAGCUACACCACCAAUGCAUUCCCAGGAGAAUAUAUUCCUACUGUCUUUGAUAAUUAUUCUGCCAAUGUGAUGGUUGAUAGCAAACCAGUAAACCUGGGAUUGUGGGAUACAGCUGGCCAGGAGGAUUAUGACCGCUUGAGGCCUCUCUCCUAUCCACAGACUGAUGUCUUUCUCAUCUGCUUCUCUCUAGUCAGCCCUGCAUCUUAUGAAAAUGUUCGUGCUAAGUGGUUCCCUGAAGUACGACAUCACUGCCCUAGCACUCCCAUGAUCCUGGUGGGCACGAAGCUGGAUCUCCGGGAUGACAAGGAUACUAUUGAGAAGCUGAAGGAAAAGAAGUUAGCCCCCAUUACAUACCCACAAGGUCUUGCCCUUGCCAAAGAGAUUGAUGCAGUGAAGUAUCUUGAAUGUUCAGCCCUCACCCAGCGUGGCCUGAAAACAGUGUUUGAUGAGGCCAUUCGAGCAGUUCUCUGUCCACAACCUACAAAGACAAAGAAAAGGGGGUGCAACAUCCUUUAG